GGAUGAGUCCUUUAUUCGCCUUCUGUGUAUAUAUUUAGGUAUUUAAAUACUAUUACUAUCCGAUACAGCCAGAAGUGAAAUCACAUUUCAUUACAUACGAGAAGUUGCAAGCCACCACGAGCAAGAAUCGGGUAUCAUGGUCAAACAACAACAACAACAACUUUUAGACACAUAGUGGGUAAGGAUUCUAAGUAUGCUCAGACCACAAAGCCCAACGGAUGAAUUAAUGCAAUUGCCUAUCCAUACUACGAGGGUUCGUAGGAAGUACUCAGAGACAGAGCGCCCCUACAAAUGCGAGGAGUGCGACCGGAGCUAUGCCUUUCAACAAUCCAAAAAAUUCCAUAAGCGUACGAAGCACAGGGGUAUAGAGUCCAACGCGGCCACUAUAUAUGGAAAAAUACCGAUUCAGAAUGUUCCUCUUUCGACGAGUAGUGUCGGAGCCAACUACAGAUAUGACUCGCGAGCGGUGUCGAAAACAUGCGCCAAUCGUCGGUCAGCAACAGUACCAAGCUCAGAUCUUGGAAAGUUGAAUAUCACGAAUGAGGCACACGAGAGGUUGAGUGGAAAUAUGAGUCAUAGUACUCACGAAAAUAAGUCACGCUCACGCCACCCACAACAGCCAAAUGUACAAGGGAGGUUACCAUACACACGCAUGGAAUCUAAGCAAGAUACUGCAAGAUGUAACGCUAUGCGCACCUCCAGCUUGAUAGACUCAAACAGUAGUCUAUCAGAUUUUUCCUCACAGCUGCAAAGUACGUGUGGAAUUGCUAAUCUGCCAGCUCGACUGCCAUCACAGACUAAUCGUGCUACCACGAUAGCAACCUCGGGGUCUUCGGAUUUGGAUUGGUUAUACCUCAGAUGCUCAGGGGUACCGAGCACGACUGACACAAACGUACCAGCAUCAUGGGCCAUGGCAACACUGUCACCUACGAAUUCCGCUGCACACUUGGCAGGGUAUGGAUCGGUCGAUCCAUUGGAAUUCCCAAUCAUAGGCCAAGUUGACAAAGCUGUAAGUCCUAAUCUUCAAUUCAGUCAGUUAUUUGACACAUUUGUAAAUGAGCAGAAUCAAAAACAAGCGUCUGGAACCCACAUGGUCAGCAAUUGUGCGCAAACUCAAGGUGGAGUCAAUGCACGGCGUCAGUAUCCAACAGGUUAUGUAAAAACUGCCAACUGGGUCAACACGGAUAAUUGUGAUGGUAACGUAUCAGAUGGUAGCAAUUCAACGCGCACGCAAUCAACUUCGGAUACACGUACAGUAGCUAUGCAGGCUCCAUGUAGUAGACGAGAUGCGAAUAAGAAGUAUGUCCGGGUUGCAGACAUACCAAAAUAUAAAUUCGGUCUCAAGCAACAAUAUGAGCCUCGGUGA